UGUAGCGAUGGCAUACAAGGGAAUGGCAACUGUCACUGCUUUGAAGGUUUCAAAGGAAUAGCCUGCCACAUCUGUUCAAACCCAAACAAGCAUGGCGAGAACUGUGAUGAAGACUGUGGCUGUGUCCAUGGUAUCUGUGACAACAGGCCUGGCAGCGGUGGUGUGUGUCAGUCCUGGACCUGUAAGGAAGGCUAUACCGGCAAAUUCUGUGACAAGACAUCCAAGAACUGUGGCCCGAGUGGGCUGUCCCAGUACUGCCACCAGAAUGCUGUCUGCAGCCUCAAUGACACAGCAAGGUGCAUCUGCAUGGAUGGAUACGAAGGUGAUGGGUUUUCCUGCCAACCCAUCGACUUGUGCAGUCAGCCAGAACGAGGAGGCUGUUCACAGAAUGCCCUGUGCACCAGUACAGGCCCCGGCACCGCCACGUGCCAGUGCAACACAGGCUGGACUGGGGACGGGAAGACCUGCUUGGCUAUAGACAACUGCAUGCUGGAGAGCAGAGGGAACUGUCACAUCAACGCUGACUGUGUUUAUGUCGGCCCUGGCCAGAGCAAGUGUGUCUGCAAGAGGGGUUAUGCUGGCGAUGGCCACAACUGUGAUGCAAUCAACCCAUGCCUCAUGGACAACGGUGGCUGCCAUGACUUGGCUAUGUGUAUACCCCUUGGAGGAGGAGAGAGAUCCUGCACUUGUCCUCAAGGCUACAUGGGGGAUGGCAUGACAUGUUAUGGGGACAUUCUAAAAGAGCUGGCCUGGAAUUCCCACUUUGCAGGCUUCUACGACUGGCUUAAGAAAUCUCUCUUCAGCAUCCCAGCAGGAACCAAUGUCACUGUCCUGGUGCCAUCGGAGGCAGCUAUCAAAAACUUGAGCAAGACUGAGAAAGAUUUCUGGCUGACCCCCUACAUGCUGCCAUUUUUAGUCAGGGCCCACUUUCUUGAAGGCAUCUUCACUGGUGAAAAACUCAAAAAGUACGACAGGCCAGAAUUACCCACCCUUAACCCACAGACCAGAUGGCGGAUAAACACCAGGAGUGGCGUAUUAACCAUCGAGAAUGCGAGUAUAGUCAUCAGCGACGUCCCUGCCAGCAACGGCAUUAUUCAUGUCCUCAAUAAGGUUUUGUUGCCAUCUUCAGGAGAUAUCCCACCGAGUCCUCCAGGUCUGCAGAAACAGCUUGAGACAGUUGCCUCAUUCAGCACAUUCAAGGAGCUGCUACAGCAAUACCAGCUCAUUGGAAAAAUCGAGUCCUCUGAAGAAUACACAGUUUUUAUUCCUGGAAAUAAUUCCAUUGAGGAAUACUGCCAUGCUGCUAAUGUGACACAGUUGGACAAUGAGACAGUGCGGUACCAUGUUGUACUGGGAGAGAAGCUCUUGCCCACGGACUUGAGAAGUGGAAUCCAUAAGAACAGCAUGUUAGGGCUCUCCUACUGGCUAAUGUUUUAUCAAAACAGCACCCAGAAGUUUGUCAAUAAUAUUCCUUUGGAUGGAAAAUUUCUUGAGACGAAGAAUGGCAUGUUGAUUGGGGUUUCACAGGUCCUCCAGGUACAGAAGAAUCGUUGCACUGCCAAUACCACCACCAUACAAAAGUCAAGAUGCGGCAAGUGUGAGAAGGGGAUCAAGUGUCCUCCUGGGUCAGUUCUUGUGGAAUUGCCAGGCAGCAAGAAUCUCGCUCGCUGUGAAUUACGUUCUGGGGAUACAGGAAUACUUGGCUGCCAUUUCACCUGUGCAAAAGUUUCUCUGAGGUCUGUCUGCUGCCCCGGCUACUACGGACACAUGUGUGAGAUGUGCCCAGGGAAGCCAGGCCAGUGGUGCUCCGGGAACGGGGAAUGCCAGGACGGCAUCGAGGGCAGCGGAGAGUGCCGUUGCCUGGAGGGUUUCCACGGCACUGCCUGCGAAAUGUGCGAAGUGGGCCGAUACGGAGCUGACUGCAAAUCAGAAUGUGCCUGCGACAACGGCAUAUGUAACGAUGGACUAGAAGGGGACGGGAGCUGUGAGUGUUUCCCAGGAUGGAAGGGCCCCACCUGCCAAGAAAGAAUCGAGAUUGACUUAUGCAAUAACACUUGCCAUCAAAUGGCCAACUGCCUCAAUAGUUCUGCAGAUUCCCCACCUAUGUGCUUCUGUUCUGCUGGAUACACAGGGAAUGGGACCCAUUGCACAGAAAUAGAUCCAUGCACUAUCGAUCAUGGUGGCUGCUCCAUACAUGCUGUGUGUACUAAAGUGUCCCCAGGGGAGAGAACCUGUGUUUGUAAGGAAGGCUACGCUGGAGAUGGGACGCUCUGCAUGGAAAUUGAUCUCUGUCUCGAAAGCAAUGGGGGCUGCCACACCAACGCAGAAUGCAUUAAAACAGGCCCAAGGAAGGUUGCCUGCAACUGUCUUCCCGGUUACAGUGGGGAUGGCGUGAGCCAGUGCAAUCCUAUCAACUUGUGUGAACAGAACAAUGGAGGCUGUAGUCCAUUUGGGCUCUGCAAGUACACGGGCCCUGGCACUCGAAACUGCUCCUGCGCUUGGCACAGUAUCGGAGAUGGCUUCACCUGCCAUGGCAAAGUGUAUCAGGCGGAAAACAUCAAGGAGCUCAGUGGGGCAGGGCCUUUCACUGUCUUCGUCCCACGGACAGAUUUCAUAGGAAACACCACAACAUUUGAGGAGUGGAGGAGCAGAGGUCUCCUCCGGGACCUGCUUCGCUACCACAUGGUGGGUUGCCAAAAACUGCUGUCCAGUGACCUGGAAGCCCAGGAGUCCCUUACAUCUUUAUCUGGCCACAAAAUAAAUAUCACAGUGAAAGAGAAUAGCAUCUGUCUCAAUGAGGAAGCCGAAGUGAUCAAGAGUGACAUCAUUGGCGUGAACGGGGUCAUUCAUUUCAUCAACAAGAUCCUCAUUCCAAGUGACCUGGUGGACCGUAACAUCUCCUCAAAGAUCUCACGGCAAAAUAUCACGGAAGUGGCAGAGGCCUUUGGGUACACCAUUUAUAGCAAGCUGCUGCAGGAUGCGGAGCUGCUUCCACUGGUUAGUGACCCCCUACACAGACCAUUCACCAUGCUGUGGCCCACAGAUGCUGCAUUUAACGCCCUGUCAGAGAAAAGGCAGAAGUGGCUGUACCGCCGAGAGCAUCGGGACGUGCUGGCCUCCUACCUCAAAGCACACAUGAUCAGGGACACAAAGAUUGUUGCUGGUAAUGUGCCCCAAGUCGAAUCCAUACGGACCAUGCAUGGCUCCACCAUCUCAUUCAGCUGCAGCAAAACCCAUGUGGGGGAGCUUCUGGUAGGGAACGGCGAUGCCACCAUCAUCCAGAGGCACAUGGAAUUCAAUGGGGGCAUUGCUUAUGGCAUCGAUAGGCUGUUGGAGCCACCGGAUCUGGGAUCUCGGUGUGAUGAGUUCAUCUUUGUUGAGCUGCAGGGAUCUACAAAGAGCUGCGCACUCUGUGGCUUCGAGCCACCCUGCCCUGCUGGCUCCGUUCAACGGGGGGAAACGAGGCGCUGCUACUAUUAUGGAAACCAGCUGUUGAGAAACACUUUCUUGUUUCACCGCAACUCCCUGUUGCGGCCGUCCUGGCCACCGUCCCCGUGGGACACCUUCAGAAGACACUGGGAGCCUCUGAGACGAGGCUGCAAGAGGAGCUGCGUUUCCGCCCAGUGGGUCCCUCAAUGCUGUCCAAACCACUAUGGCCGUGACUGUCGGGCGUGCCCAGGAGGGCUGGAGAUGCCAUGCAAUAACCGUGGUACCUGUGACGACAAAAUCGGUGGCUCAGGGAGAUGCAACUGCAGCCAGGCUUUCAUCGGGACCAGCUGUGAGCUGUGUGCACCAGGCAGAUACGGGCCAGACUGCCGAGAGUGUAACUGCACCGAGAAUGGCGUGUGCAACGGAGGACUACAUGGCGAUGGCUUCUGCUUCUGUGCCGAGGGCUGGACUGGAGACCGCUGCGAAAUCAGACUAGUCAUGACACCUACCUGCUCUCCACCGUGCCACCCCCAGGCCGUCUGCCGCUCCGGCAACCUCUGCGAAUGCAAGCUACACUACGAAGGAGAUGGAAGAACAUGCUCAGUGAUCGACAUGUGCAGCCAGGACAACGGGGGGUGUGCCAGGCACGCACAGUGCACGCAGAUUGGCGUGAACGUCUCCUGUGCCUGUGCUCCUGGGUAUGGAGGUGACGGCUAUGUCUGCGACCCCAUAGACAGGUGUGCGGACGGUCGGAAUGGGGACUGCAGCCAGCACGCCAACUGCAUCAGCACCGGGCCGAAUGAGCGGCGCUGUGAGUGCAAGCGGGGCUACAUUGGUGAUGGGAUCCAGUGCCUGGAAGAGGCCGUGCCCCCGACGGACCGGUGCCUGGAAGACAAUGGGCAGUGCCAUCGGGAGGCCAUUUGCACCGACCUGCACUUUCAUGAUAAGACUAUGGGUGUAUUUCAUCUGCAGUCACCCCGAAAAAAGUAUGACUUCACUUACGAGCAGGCUCAGAAGGCCUGUGCUGCAGAAGGCGCUUCCCUGGCCACUUUCCAGCAGCUCUCGGCAGCACAGCAGAUGGGAUUCCAUCUGUGCUUGGUGGGUUGGCUGGACAAUGGCACAGCUGGAUACCCCACAGCCUACCCCAACCCCAGCUGUGGGGGUAAUCGAGUGGGCAUCGUGGACUAUGGCUCCCGAAGCAACCUGAGCGAGACCUGGGAUGCGUUCUGCUACCGGGAGAAGGAUCUGACUUGCGCCUGCCGUGAUGGGUUCGUGGGAGAUGGGUAUUGGUGCAGCGGCAAACUCCCCGAUGUGCUCGCAGACCACGCUCGCUUCUCCACCUUCUAUUCUAUGUUGCUUGAUUUUGCCAAUGACACAGAAGAAGGACUGGAUUUCUUCAUCUAUUUGUCUGAUGACUCUGCUCCCAAAACUCUCUUUGUCCCUCUGAAUUCUGGCUUCGCAGACAAUGAAACACUGACAGGAGAAGAACUGAAGCUCCACGUGUCGUCCAGCAAUGUCGUCCUCUUCAGCUUCAACCUCACAACGG